UUUUGCGGUAAAUUAGAAUUUAAAUUCAGUUAUUCCCAUGAUUAGACGUUGAAAACAUGUAUGUUUUCUCGAAAUCUGUUUUCUUUGCUUGUUUCAUUAUUAGCGGUUUUUGUUAUGAAAAGUUUUGUGAAAAAUCCGAUAGAGGUGACACCGGCUGUGACGAAAGUCCCAAAAAUCAUUUUGCUCAGGAUGAAAACCUGAAAAGUUUAGAUGUUCUAGUCUUUACUGUUGCCACAAAUGAAACAGACGGUUUCCAAAGAUACAUUAAUUCAGCCCGAACCUUUGGUAUCGAACCAGUGGUUCUUGGCAAAGGGGAAAAAUGGAAAGGGGGACAAAAUAUUAAACUCUAUGCUGGAGGAGGAUGGAAAAUUAACCUCCUCAAAGAAGCUCUAAAACAAUAUGAAGCCGAUGAUAAUAAAAUCAUUUUGUUCACUGAUGCUUACGACGUGAUAUUCCUUGGAAAACUGAGCGAGAUCAUUAAUAGGUUUAAGGCUACUGGGGCUAAGGUGCUGUUUGGAGCUGAGCCUUAUUGUUGGCCCAAUGUAGACUUAGCUAAAGAGUAUCCAGAAGUGGAGAAAGGCCAAAGGUUCCUUAAUUCAGGUUUAUUUAUUGGAUACCUACCUGAACUCUAUAAGAUUUUGAAUAAGGCUGAACUUGAAGACAACGAUGACGAUCAGUUAUAUUAUACCUUAGCUUAUUUAGAUAAAGAAUUUAGAGACAGCAAUAAAAUUAAAUUGGACCACACCAGUGAGAUUUUCCAAAAUAUUUUCGGGGCCGCAAAUGACCUGGAAAUUGUCACAAUUAACGACAAAGAUGCAGCGGCCGAAACGUAUUUAUUGAAAAAUACCAAAACGAAUACACAGCCUUUGGUUGUUCACGGUAAUGGUUUCUCAAAGCUCACCUUAAAUUAUUUGAGCAAUUAUUUGCCUUCGGGAGUGUGGAACUCGUACGAGGGUUGCGUCGCUUGCAAACAUGGAGAAAUCAAUCUAGAAAAAAUACCUAGAGCCACAUGGCCAGUAGUUCAUAUGUCCCUCUUUAUCGAAGUGAAUACGCCAUUCAUUGAAGGAUUCUUCAGUAAGAUCUAUCAACUAGAAUAUCCCAAAGAGAGAAUACAUCUUUUUAUCCAUAACACGAUGAAAUACCAUUCAGUGCACGUUAAAAAUUUUACAGAAAAGUUUGGUUCUGAAUAUUUGUCAUUAAAGGAAAUUAAACCUGAGGAUGGAUCACCAGAAUGGUCUGCUAGGGAUCUAUCAUUGAGCCAAUGUUUAGCCAAAAAUUGUGAUUUAUACUUUGCCGUGGACUCCACAGCCCACUUAGACAAUCCAUUCACGCUGAAAUUGCUCAUCGAACAAAACCGCACGGUGGUGGCACCUAUGCUGGUGAGACCGGGGAAAGCCUGGAGCAACUUUUGGGGGGCCUUGACUAACGACGGUUUCUACGCAAGGUCCAACGACUACAUGGACAUUGCCUACAGUAAUAAACGUGGUUUGUGGAACGUUCCCUUCAUCAACGCAGCCUACCUAGUCAACGCCAGUCUCCUAAAAACCUACGACUCGUCCCAAAUCACCUACAACUUACCCAAUGUGGACGCAGACAUGGCCUUUUGCUACAGUUUACGAAAAUUGGACGUGUUCAUGUACGUUUCCAACAGGGUGGAUUUCGGACAUCUGAUUAACUACGAAACGUACGACAUCACAAGAGCCGAACCCGAUAUGUAUCAGAUUUUCGAGAACGAACAGGCGUGGCAAGAGGCGUUUAUUCAUCCCGAUUACUUCGACAAUCUCAAUCCGGAUAAGAAAAAUCUACAGCCUUGUCCAGAUGUAUACUGGUUCCCGAUAGUGAGCCGCAAGUUCACUAAUGCUUUGAUCAACAUGAUGGAAAGUUUCGGUAAAUGGUCGUCGGGCAAUAACGAAGAUGAACGGCUGGAGGGCGGUUAUGAGGCAGUGCCUACGCGCGACAUCCACAUGAACCAAGUGGGAUGGGAACGCCACUGGCUGUACUUCUUGCAGAAGUACGUCCGGCCUUUACAAGAACACGUUUUUCUGGGCUAUUUUCAUGACCCGCCCAAGAGUUUGAUGAAUUUUGUGGUGAGAUAUCGUCCAGAUGAACAACCUUCUCUCAGACCUCACCAUGACAGUUCUACGUACACUAUAAACAUAGCUUUGAACGAAGUAGGUAAAGACUAUGAAGGUGGAGGUUGCAGAUUCAUUCGAUACAACUGCAGCGUAGUAGACACACAAAUAGGCUGGAUGUUGAUGCAUCCAGGAAGGCUAACCCAUUACCACGAAGGACUGUUGGUUACCAAAGGUACCAGAUAUAUUAUGAUCGCGUUCGUGGAUCCUUAAUCUGAAAAUGAAGACUUUUUGAUACCAAAACUAGAUAUAAUUAAACACUCAGACAGAUUGCAAUAAAGAAAUUUGUUAUUUAAGGCAUUUAAAAAAAUUACAAAAAUAAUCUUUUUUUAGUGCCUUUUUAUAAGAUUAUAUAAGCUUUUUUGUGCAAUUUUUAGCCUCUAAGACUAAUAAUUAAAUAAAAGAAGAGAAAGUAAUAAAUAGCAAGUAUUUUUAUAUUAAGAUUGUUAAAAUAACUAACAAAAAUAACUAAACCUUAGAUUAUAGUUUUAUUACUCACUGCCAAAAAUUCUCUAGUUCGAAUAUUUUUCAGUUUUUUUUUAAUUACUUUUCUCUAGGUACUUAAGAUAUUUUUUAUGCUUUAAAUAAUAGCUAUGAUCGUUUAUGUAUUGUUAUUAUAUUAUGUAUUAAAUAUGUGCAUUUAAGAUUAUUUUAUAAAAUAAAUUCUAUAAUAUAAA